CGCAAUAAUACGCUAUAGCUCAGCCCGCAAAUCAAACAUGACUAAGCCGGAGUGUACUUCAUGCCUUUUGUGGUUAAUUCCUGCAGUUCUUUUACUCGUAUACAUUGUGGUGAGAAAAUGUCUAAGUUUUCAAAAGGUUAAAAAUAUUAGCAAAAAGUUUGUGCUAAUAACAGGUUGUGACAAAGGAUUUGGCAGGCUCGCCGCCAUCGAGCUAGAUUUGCUGGGGUUCCAGAUCAUUGCUACAUGUCUGACCACACAAGGCAAAGAUGACUUAGAACGAGUAUGCAGUCAGAGGACGAAGGUUUUUCUACUGGACGUGACUAAAACUAAGCAAAUAAAAGAGGUUUAUAGUGAGGUCAAUCGUUUUAUACCCAAGGAUGUUGGGUUGUGGGCUUUGAUCAACAAUGCAGGUAUAUUCAUACCAGGACCUGUUGAAUGGCAACCGCUGGAUGCGUUCAAACGCACUGCAGACGUGAAUCUUUGGGGAGUGAUUGACAUGACUAAAACGUUUCUACCGCUGGUUAGGAAGGCCCAGGGGCGCAUUGUCAAUCUUUCUAGCAUCGCAGGGAGAAUGCCCUUUACAUACAUGUCUGCUUAUUGCAUAACCAAGUUUGGAGUCGAGACAUUUUCGGACGUUCUAAGAAGAGAGGUGAAACCAUUUGGGGUUAAAGUGAUACUCAUUGAACCAUCAGGGUAUAAAACACCCCUAAUGAAUGAAGAAUACAUGAAGAUCAGCUGGAAUAAAGAGUGGGAAGAUUUGAGUGACGAGGCAAAGGACGUUUACGAUGACGAAUACAGAGGAAAAGCUUUCAAAGCUUUACGUAAUACCUUUUCAACCGCAAGCGAUGACAUAGGCAUGGUAGUGAAGGCCUUGGAAGUUGCAGUGACGUCAAAAGCACCACGUGAUCGUUAUCUAGUUGGACUAACUGCAAGUGUUUUAGCUUUUAUCGCGUUUCUACCUUCAGCAAUUGUUGAUACGUUAGCUAAUUUUGCUGUUCCAACGUCUUUUGGUCGUAAAAAUAGCUAGAAUGAAGAAGGGACCUCGGAACUCAUGGAGGGAGAGACUUGGAUAGUGUGUAUUUUAGUGUACAUGUUUUGUUGUUGUUGAGGGGAGGGUAUAAAUACAUCCACCAUAAAAUUUCAGUCUCUCGGCACACCUAUUCACUUUCAGUGGUAUGCCUUAUUAGCAACAGAAAAUGAGCUAAGACAAGGUAUUCCCCCUAUUGCCCUGUACACGUCGAAAGCUUGGCAAACACGACAGAAAAUUGAAGUGGUAAUUUGUUCAACUUUCUGGAGUAUUUUUACAUUCAUUUUCCAAAGUCUUCGACCUACAUCGUCAUCUUGAGGGCAGAUUUGAACAUUUGAACAUAAGAAAUCACAGGUAGCCCAAGCUUGGUUUCUGGUGGGGGAGCAAAUCUUAAAACGGGCUAAAUUCAAAAAAUAACCAC